UUGCCAUACGUAUUAAACAAGAAUCAAGAAGUAACUUUAAAACAUUGAGUGAGUGGAGGUUAUCGUACGGUAAUUUAUUAUAAAAUUGUUAGGUACCGUAUGGGAUAACCUAUAGCUCAAUUACAAGACAAGGAAAAUGCCCCGCGAGAAAAGUAAAUAUCGUGAGAGAAAACUAUCUUCAAGCAGUUCGGAUGCGUCGUACGAUCGAAGAAAAAAGAGUAAACACAAGCGUAGAUCGAGAUCUCGAGAGCGUUCAGAGUCAAGCCACAAAUCAAAACACUCAAGUUCACGCUCAAAGCACAAACGAAGAAGUCAUUCUCGAAGUGUAUCUAGAGACAGAUAUGAAUCGAAAUCUAGGAGACGAUCAAGUUCACGUUCACGCUCCAAAAGGGAUAGUUCCAGGUCAAACUCACAAUGUAGAUCCAAAUAUAAAAGUGUUAACGAAAUAAAUGCUUUGACUCGACUCAUGUUAGAUCUGGAUAUAUAUCAAUUUGCAGGCUUUAGGAAAUCUAUAAGCUCACGAAGAAUACAUAUUGAAGAUACUGAAACAGAAGUGGAAAAGGCCAUCAAAGCUGCAAAUGCUGCAGGCCUCACAUUAACCAAGAUCCCCACAUAUGAAUACAAGCAAAAAGAGAUCAAAGAAGACAUGCCAACCAUACAUGACAGGAAUUUAUUGCUAGAAUUAGACAGUGAUUCCUUUGUACAGAAAACAUCCACUUCAUCAAAGAGUAAAAAACAGAAUAUAGUGAUAGAUUUGAACUCAGAGACUGUUAUGGUUCCAGAAACGGACGUAAAGAUUAAAAAGGAAGAUUCUGUAAUUGAUUUAAAUGAAAUUCCAAAUGAAGAAGAUUUAAAGGAAAUGUGGAUAAAAAAAUUAUUUCAGUACAGGAAGAGAAUGCUGAAAGGUGAAAUAUAAGUAAUAAAGUAAUAAUGCAUAAGAAAAUGUAUUGUCAAUU